AUAUUAUAUCAGUCAACGGCUAACGUUUACUUCGGUCGCCUCAAAACCUUGUACAUCCGUAUUCGACCACUGCAACAACCUAUGCAACAAUGGACGUUAAAAUUGUGGAACAAUUGGAAUUCUAUUUUGGCGAUGCGAACUUACCUUGUGACACAUACUUGCAAAAUCAGAUAAACGCUGACGACGAAGGAUGGGUGAGGUCGAUGUCCGGGGACCCAGCCGUUAUAGCAGCCGCCGUUCGGGACGCUCCACAUGGUACUUUAAUCGAGGUAAACGACAACAAUGAAUGUAUCAGACGGAAGCCUGAACUCCAAAAGACACUCAAAGACAUGGUAGACCGCACAGUCUACUGUACUGGUUUCCCCAAAAACGCAACACAAGAUGAUUUACUAAACUUUGCCGAUUCCCUCAAGCCAGAGUUCAGCGUCAUUAAAGUGUUUCCAGGCAGAACAACCGUCUCACAGAAGUUUACAGGAACGGCGUUCAUCACUUUCGAAACCAAAGAACAAGCUGACACGUUCAGGACAAAAGACUCGGUAAUAUACAAAAACACUAUUAAUCUGCGGCGAAUGCGUCGCACGUUGUUCAUAUGAGUAGCAAGCAAAGUAAACUAAAUAUAAUUGUUUUUCACUAAAAAAAAAAUAUAUUAUUAAUAAUUAAAUUAUUUUUUUUAUUUUUAUUUAAUUGAAU